GGGUGUAAGUGGGGGCGCUCGGAGAAAGUCCCACAGCCCGUCCACCUCGUGCGUCCCGGCCGCGCUGCUGCCGCUGUGCUUGUGCGCUUGUGGUUGCCCAGCAGCUCUUGUUGCCUGUUCAGGUGCUGAGUUUUAAAGACAGAGUUUUGGUGCACGGCAGAGGAGCCAGCAGGCGGAGAUCCGGAGGCGCAGACUGCUCCAGGUUUCGGCGCUGCCUGCGCCGCAUUCCAGGUUCCCCGGCCGGAGCGCAGUCCGGAGCCGCGCCGGCGCGUCCCUGCGCGUCCUGCGCGUCCUGCGCGCCGCGUCCCUGCGCGCAGCGCACAGACCCCGGGAUCCCACAUCUCACAAAGACCAAUGAUGCACGGAGAGGACCGCUUUCAUUUCAGCUAGAGACGCCAACCCACAUCGCUGCUUCUUUUCCUUAUUGGAUCUUUAUUUCCCGUCCGCUGUGGUUCCGACCAUGAGGGGAUGGGGGCCACUCAUCAUCAGCGCCCUGGCUUGGGUCCUCGCCGUCCCCGGGGGGGUUCAUGGAGCUUGUGUCUACGAGGGAUCGCUGCAUGUGAACGACACGUCAUGGAGGCCACACGCUUGUCAGGAGUGCACGUGCUACAGCGACGUGGCCAUCUGCAGGGAUGUCCACUGUCCCAACCCCCAGUGUGACUUCCAGAAGGGUGAAACUCUGAGGAUCCCCACCAACAGGUGCUGUCCAGAGUGCGUCUCCCUGACUCGGGGCUCGUGCCAGUAUGAAGGAGUUACUUAUGGGCAUGACAGCCAGUGGAGUCCUUCGCCCUGUUCGGUGUGCGUUUGCUCCAAGGGGGGCGUCACCUGCAGCGCUCGGCCCUGCCCCCGUCUCACCUGUCCAGGGGAUCAGGAACCGUUCGUCCCGGCCGGAGAGUGCUGCCCCAAGUGUGGCCGCAGUGGAGAGUCCUGCUCCUGGGAGGGGGUGGCCUACAGGGACGGCGAGGAGUGGACACCCAGCCUCUGCUCCAGGUGUGUCUGCGUCAGCGGCAGAGUCCAGUGUGCAGUGGUGGAGUGUCAGCAAGUGGCCUGCAGACCGCACGAGAACUUGGUGAUCCAGCCGGGCCGCUGCUGUCCACAGUGUGUGUCCAACCCUUGCCUGUCCGCUGGGAGACAGUACCAGCACGGCGAGCAGUGGCAGAAGAACUCCUGCAGCACAUGUGUGUGUGACAGGGGUCAGUCUAAAUGCCACACACACACCUGUGGCCCGGUCGACUGUGACAAGGGUCAGACCAAAGUGAAGCGUGCCGGUCAGUGCUGUGAUGAAUGUGCUCCCGCCAAAGGAAGCUGCCUGUACCAAGAUACGGUGCGUUACCAUGGAGACAUGUGGAAUGGCACGGGCUGCGAGUUCUGCACGUGCAGCCGAGGCCAGGUCCUGUGUCGGAGGGCCGAGUGUGGACGAGUCGAAUGCCCACAGGAUUCGGAGCUUGUUGACCUGCCGGGAAAGUGCUGCCCGGAGUGCUCCUCGGUGAAACCUUCUUGUCUGCACGAAGGGAAAUCCUACAAGAAUCUGGCUCGUUGGGCCGAUGGCAGCUGCCGCGAGUGUGAGUGCCGGGAUGCCCAAGUGACUUGUUAUCUGAGCUCCUGCCCCACUUGCCCAGCAGGCGUGCUGGCUGUCAUCCAGGAUGGCCAAUGCUGCCCCGAGUGUCACCAGGUUCAGUGCCACGCAGACUGCCUGUCAUGUUUGGGGACUCCCGACUACUGUGAGACCUGCAGGGACCCAAAAGCCUUACUGCAUCUUGGCCGCUGCCUGUCCGUCUGUCCAGCAGGCUACUACGCUGAAGGGCAAGUCUGUGCAGCCUGCCCAGCAUCCUGCGCCGCUUGUUCCAGUAGGUGGGACUGCCAGUCCUGCGGGUCCCAGCUGCCCUUGCUGAGUGCCGAUAGUGCCGAGUGCCUGGCGUCCUGUCCUCCUGGCUCCUACCAGUACGACCACAAACACUGUCGCCGCUGUCACGAGUCCUGCUCGGGGUGCCGUGGCCCGAGCCAGCAGGAAUGCACGUCGUGUUCAGACCCGGCUGCCUUGUUCAAAGACGGGUCGUGUGUCCCCCACUGCGGCCCCGGCUACUACAGUCGAGAAGGCUUCUGCUACGCUUGUGAUGCGUCCUGUGCCUCCUGUUUCCCUGACAACUCCAAGUGUAUGAGCUGCCCUCCGGGGACCGCCCUGCAUCAUGGGAAAUGUAUUUCCCAGUGUCCAAGUCAGCAUUACCUGGACAACCACGGCAGAUGCAGAGCCUGCCACAGCUCCUGUGCCUCAUGCUGGGGUCCGUCAGUGUCCCAGUGUACCUUGUGUCUCGUCGGGCUCUUCCUCCACCAGGGCCAGUGUGUGGACGACUGUGGAGAGGGGCUGUACUCUCAGGACGGCACCUGCCACAAUUGCCAUCCCUCCUGCCGUUCCUGCGUGGGACCGCUGGCAUCAGACUGCCUCCGCUGCCUGAAACCGGAGGAAGUGGUCGCGCCACAGUCCGCCCGCCUUCAGCACGGCAUCUGCACAUCCACGUGUUCUGCGCACAGCUUUCUGGACGACACCAACACGUGCAGAGAGUGUCACCCUUCCUGCCAGCGAUGUGCGGGGCCAUCUGCAGACAACUGUACUUCCUGUUCCCCGCCACUGAGGCUGCACGAGGAGCGCUGUGACCCCACCUGCCCACAAGGCUUCUUCACCCAGGACAACCGGUGCCAAGCCUGCCAUCCGUCGUGCCAGGCUUGCUCCGGGGCUUCCCAGGCCGACUGCACCUCCUGCGCACCGCUGGCCUCCUUACAGAGUGGCUACUGCAGCACCGACUGCCAGGAGGGGCUUUUCCUCAACUCCGUCACUGGAGAGUGUCUCAAGUGCAGCUCUGACUGCCAACGCUGCGCAGCGGACCUCCAGAUGGGCAUCGGUAGUGUUUGUCUGUGGUGUAAAGCGCCAAGGACCUGGCUGCUGGGCGAUCACUGUGUCUCUCACUGUCCUUCGGGACAUUAUGGCUAUCAUGGAGCCUGCAUCAAAUGCCAUUCAUCAUGUGAGGCGUGUAGCGGGGCGGGGCCUUACUCCUGUACAUCCUGCCCCACCAACAGUGCUCUGCUGCCCUCGGGGCUCUGUGCACCCAGAUGUUCCCUUGGUUACUACGACAACGGUCACCGGACCUGUCAGGUGUGUGACAGCCAGUGCCUGACGUGCGACACAGCCGGGGUCUGCACCGCCUGCCGUGACCCCACCAAAGUACUGCUGUUUGGAGAAUGUCAGUACGACAGCUGCGCCCACCAGUACUACCUCAACACCACCACCCGCACCUGCAGAGAGUGUGACUGGAGCUGCAACGCCUGUAAAGGCCCCCUGCGAACUGACUGCCUGCAGUGCAUGGAGGGAUACGUGCUGCAGGAUGGGGUGUGCGUGCAGGGCUGCUCCCGCGGCUCUUAUCAGGAUGGAGACAGAUGCCUGGGCUGUGACGACCACUGCGUGGACUGCCGGGGUCCUGGACGAUGCCUGGAGUGUCAGCCGCCUCACGCCGCUCUGCAAGGACAAUGUGUGACUGAAUGUGGCAGGAACUAUUUUCUUGAUGCCGCCACAAAAACGUGCAAGUCUUGCUCGUCUGACUGUGUCCUGUGCGACGGCGUCGGACGCUGCACGGUGUGCGGCGAUCAAACCUACAUCAUGGAAGGCUACUGCACCCCCGACUGUGGACGCGGAUAUUAUUCUGAUCAGAAGACCAGAACCUGCCAUGCGAACACCCACAGUCCUGCCCUGCAGAUCAACGGCUCCCUGCUGGUUCCCCUGGACGGAUACGCCCCGCUGCUGCCCGCCAUGCUGAGGGUGGAGGACCCCGACAGUCCGCCGGAGCGGCUGCUCUUCCAGCUCGUUGGCGGCCCGAGCAACGGACGCCUGGUGGUGUUUGCAGAGGAGGAAAGAGGGAAGAACGGGGGCAAAGCCGCGCGUGAACUCAACAGUGACGACACCUUCACGUGGUCGGAGCUCGCGCUGGGCCGGGUCCGAUUCAGACACCAGAAGGACAGGACCAGGACCGGUGAAUUCUCCUUACGCGUCGCUGACCCCCAGUUGUUUUCUCAACCGGCAACAAUUCAGGUUCAGGCUGUGUCAAUGCAGCCUCCUAGAGUGGCGACCCUGGCCCCCUUAUCGGUGGACGGCCGCGGCAGCCGGGCAACCAUCACCAAGUCGGUCCUAAAUGUCGAUGAUCCUGACAACCCAGCCGAUGUCCUGGUCAUGGUCCUUGCAGCUCCCCUCCAUGGCCGACUGAGUCGUCUCCACGGUGACCGUACACUGACCAGGUUCAAGCUGGAAGACCUGUCGAAGGAGCGAAUCCAGUACGUUCACGACGGCACAGAGGGGGCAGAGGACAGGGUGGUGCUGCAAGUUAACGACGGCCACAGCUACACGAAUAUCCUGCUCCAAGUCCAAAUCAUUGACAAGUCUCCAGACUCUCGUCACAUGCUGUCGCUGCCGAUGACCUGGGUGAAGGAGGGAGGCAUGGUGCGACUGGACAAGAAGUACCUGCAGACAAUCUACAAGGGAGUCAGCACCGAUCACAUUGUCUACACCAUCCUCGCCUCAGAGGGGCGGCCUAAAUACGGUGAGGUGGUGCUGGUAUCGAUGCCGGCCGACAGCCCACCGGACAGCUGGCAUCCCUCUCUGAACGACGACCAGGGCUUCACGGCCACGACCUCCUUCACCCAGCAGGACGUCAACGACGGCACCGUCUGGUACCGCCACUUUGGCACGGGUUACGACAGCGACUCCUUCCAGUUCCAGGUGUCCUCAGACGCUCCCCCCGUGGUACAGAGCGAUGCCCAGACCUUCACCAUCGGAGUCCUUCCUCAGAUCCCAGGGUUCCCACAGCUGGCUCCGGACUGUGACCUGCAGAUAACGGCUCUGGAGGAUCGAGAGACGUUAAUCACGCCUGCAGCUCUGUCCUUCAUCGAUUCUGAGACUCCCAACGAGAAACUCAUCUACAACAUCACCAAACCCCUCCCGCCAGGACAAGGGGCCAUUGAACAUCGGGACAGGCCGUAUGCAGCGGCGAAGCACUUCACGCAGGCCGACGUCAACGAAGGGAAGAUCAUUUACAGACCGCCGCCAGCUCCGUCACACCUCCAGGAACUCUACCAGUACUCCUUCAUCGGCAUGCCGGAGUCGCUGAGCGUUUACUUCACAGUGUCGGACGGGGAACACACCACUCCUGAGUUGGACUUUGCUGUCCUGCUGCUUUCAAACCACCAGCAGCCGCCGGUGUUCCAGGUUCUGGACCCGCUGCUGGAGGUGGUCCUGGGAGGAGAAGCCGCCAUAGGUGGUCAGCACUUGGCUGUGAGCGACGCUGACACAGCUCCAGACGAGCUGGAGUUUGAGUUGGUCGAGGCUCCGACCCACGGAGAGCUGAUUAAAAGCGACGACAACACCCGCAUGACUAAUGGUGACACCUUCUCCUUCAGUGACGUCACUCGCAACAUUCUCAUCUACCGGCACGCCGGCCUCUCCACCCGGGACGACUCCAUGGCCUUCUCGGUGAGCGACGGGAUCUCCAUGGCGACGGCAGUGAUGCAGGUGGUGGUGCUGGGUGGCGGAGGCGAGGGGCCCCAGCGGGAUCCUGCGGCCACACUGUCGCUGGAGGUCGGCGAGAAGAGCAGCACUGUCUUCAGACGCUCCCACCUGGCGUACACCGAUAACACGUCUCUGGAUGAGCGGAUCCGUAUCCAGCUGGUGUCGGUGCCGAUGUACGGCAUCCUAACCAGGAGCCAGCCCCAGGAAGAGCCGCAGGAGCUGAGGGAGUACUCGUCCUUCACCAUGGAGGACAUCAACACGCUCAACAUCAGGUACAUCACCUCACUGGAGACCGGGAGCCAGCCGGUUACCGACAUCUUUCACUUCGUUGUUUACGAUGAGGACAACAAUCGCCUUGACAACCAGAUGUGCACAAUCACCAUCACCUCCAUGCCUCGACAGCCUCCAGUGGUCACUGUGCGCAACGGCAUCAAGGUCCAGGAAGGUGGCCGUGUGCAGCUCUCAACCAAUCACAUCAUAGUGUCAGAUGUGGACACGCCCAGGAAGGACCUCCUCAUUUGGCUUGUCACGCCCCCUAAAUAUGGCUCCAUUGAAAACACCAAGACAGGCGGCUCGCUCAGCGGCUCGCAAGUCGUCACCACAGACGCACCUUUCUCCGUGGAGGACCUGACAUCCGACCACAUCUUCUACGUUCAAGACAGCCAGCGCAAGCCACCAACCAACCAGGACGUCUUCAGCCUCUACAUCAGCGACGGACACAGCCAGACGGAGGCCUUCAACGUGGAAAUAGACAUCCAGCAGAGUCAGGCGGACCGGGAGCCCGUGGUGUCAGUCAGCAGCAUUCACGUAGAGGAGAGCUCCGGAGUCGUCAUCACCAACUCGUCCAUCACUGUCCACGACGACGACACUCCCGAGAACGAGAUCCUCUUCACCAUCAUCCGGAUCCCCACCUACGGAAAAGUGCGCAGACGGCAGUUCUACUCUCAGCCACUGGAGAAGGGCCGAGUCCUCACGCAGGGCUCCACCUUCACCUACCAGGACGUCCUGGAUCGGCUGCUCGUCUACAUGCCGGACACUGUGAACGGUGGAUCUGACGAAAUGGGCUUCAGGCUCACCGACGGCAGCUACACCCGUACGGGUCGGCUCGAGUUCACCAUGGACGUGCGGAAGAGCGAGGGACCUCGGAUGCCCGUCAACAGAGGCCUGCAGCUCCCGGCAGGCUCAUCUUCUAAGAUCACAGAGCAGAAUCUGAAGGCCUCCGACAUCGACUCGGACAGCCUGAAGCUCCGCUACGUCCUGACCAAAGACCCAGCGGCGGGGAAGCUGCAGCUCAGCAGGAGCAGCCGCGUGGAGAAGGUGUCCGUCAAAGGUCCGGCCAAGAGCUUUACUCAGGAGGACGUCAACAAAGGUCUGCUGCAGUUCAGCCACGAGAAAGGGGAGAAGGGAGGCAGCCUGUCUUUCAAGUUCAACCUCGUGGAUCCGGAGGGAAACAAACUGAUCGACCAGUCCUUCUUCAUCAGCGUGCUCGAGGACCGCCUCCCUCCCUCCGUGGGGGUAAACAAAGGCCUGGUGCUGGACGAGAACUCGGUGAAGAAGCUGACCACGCUGCAGCUGUCGGCCAGCGACCAGGACAGCGAGCCGGGCGAGCUCGUCUACCGGGUCACCAAGCAGACCAGCCUGGGUCACCUGGAACAUGCUGCCAGCCCAGGCACCAGGAUCAGCUCUUUCACCCAGGCCGACCUGGCAUCACGCAGCAUCCAGUACGUCCACAGCAGCGAGGAGGAGAAGCACGCUGACCAGUUCUCCUUCACUGUGUCCGACGGGACAAACGAGGUUGCUCAGACCUUCUACAUCACCAUCAAGCCGGUGGACGACUCGCUGCCGCUGCUCCAAGUUCCUGGUAUGAGGGUCCAGGAGGGCGUGAGGAAAACCAUCACCGAGUUUGAGCUGAAGGCCACUGACGCAGACACGGAGGCGGAGUCCAUCGUCUUCUCCGUGGUCCAAGCUCCUCGCCACGGCACCAUCGAGCGCACCGGCAACGGGCAGCACUACCGGCAGACCAGCAGCUUCACCAUGGACGACGUCUACCAGAACCGCAUCAGCUACAACCACGACGGCACCAACUCGCUCAAGGACCGCUUCACCUUCACGGUGGCCGACGGCACCAACCUGCUCUUCAUGGUGGAGGAGGCCGGCAAGGAGAUCGUGACAGCUGCUCCUCAGAAGUUCAAAAUCGAUAUUCUUCCCGUUGAUGAUGGGACGCCGCGGAUUGUCACCAACCUGGGACUGCAGUGGCUCGAGUACAUGGACAACAAGCCCACCAACCUGAUCACCAAGAAGGAGCUGCUGACCGUGGACCCCGACACCGACGACGGACAGCUGGUGUAUGAAGUGACGGCGGCACCAAAGCACGGCUUCCUGGAGAGCAAGCUGAAACCUGCGGGUCCCAUCACCACCUUCACCCAAGCUGAUAUUAACCUGGGCCUGAUACGCUACGUGCUGCAUCAGGAGAGCGUCCUGGAAACCAUGGACAACUUCAAAUUCUUGGUCAAAGACAGCAAACCAAACGUGGUCAGCGACAACGUCUUUCACAUCCAGUGGUCUCUCAUCAGCUUUGAGCACAAGAGCUACAAUGUGAGUGAGAAGGCCGGUACUGUGGCCGUGACAGUGAAGCGGACCGGUAACCUGAACCAGUACGCCAUCGUGCUGUGUCGCACCGAGCAAGGCAGCGCCAUCUCCACCAGCAGCACCGGGUCCCGUCCUGGCCAGCAGGACUACGUGGAAUAUGCCGGACAGGUGCAGUUUGACGAGCGUGAGGACACCAAGGUGUGCACCAUCGUCAUCAACGAUGACAAGGUGUUUGAGGGGAUUGAGAGCUUCCACGUGGAGCUGAGCAUGCCCGUUUACGCGCUGCUGGGCGGCAACACGCGCGCCCUCGUCAACAUCAACGACACGGAGGAUGAGCCCACUCUGCAGUUCGACAAGAAGACCUACCACGUCAAUGAGAGCACCGGCUUCUUCCACGCACCAAUCGAGAGGAAAGGCGACACCUCCAGCACCGUCUCCGCCCUCUGCUACACCGUGGCCGGGUCGGCCCAGGGCAGCAGCCUGCACGCGCUGGAGUCCGGCUCCGACUACAAGAGCCGCGGCAUGACCGGCGACAACCGCGUGAUCUUCGGCCCCGGCGUCAGCAUGUCCACCUGCGACAUCAAACUCAUCGACGACAGCGAGUACGAGCUGUCCGAGGAGUUCGAGCUGGUGCUGUCGGACGCCUCCGAUAACGCCCGCACGGGGGAUGCGGCGGUGGCCACCGUCAUCAUCGAUGGGCCCAACGACGCCUCCACAGUCUCUCUGGGAAAUGCCACAUUCACUUUCAGCGAAGACGCCGGCACGAUUGAAAUACCGGUGCUGCGUCACGGCAGCGACCUGUCCUCUCCGACGACCGUGUGGUGUGCCACCAGGCCUUCAGAGCCCCACUCAGCCAGCCCGGGGGUCGACUACAUCCCCAGCUCCAAGAAGGUGGUGUUCAAACCAGGAAAGACUCUGGAGACCUGCAGCCUGACCAUCGUGGACGACAUACAGAGCCCUGCAAUCGAAGGUCCCGAGUCCUUCGUGAUUUUCAUCAGCUCUCCUCAGGGCGCCGUUUUACAGGAACCCUACGAAGCCAAUGUCAUCAUCACGGACACCUUCCAGGACAUUCCCAGCAUGCAGUUUGAGAAAAGCACCUACACGGUGAAGGAGAAGGACAGCGUCCUCCACAUCCCCAUCCUCCGGACCGGUGAUCUGUCCUUCAAGUCGUCGGUGCGGUGUUUCACCCGGACCAUGUCCGCCAUGGUGAUGGACGACUUUGAAGAGAGGAGGAAUACAGAUGAGUCGCAGAUCACUUUCCUCAAAGGAGAGAAGGUGAAGAACUGCACCGUUCGCAUCCACGACGACUCCGUUUUCGAGCCUGAGGAGGAAUUCCAGGUGCAUCUUGGUACGCCGCUCGGAGACCACUGGAGCGGCGCCAUGGUGGGCGUUAACAACAUCGUCACCAUCACUAUCACCAACGAUGAAGAUGCUCCCACUAUCGAGUUCGAGCAGACGUCCUAUCAGGUCAGGGAGCCGCCCGGUCCAGACGGCGUUGAGGUGCUCAACAUCAAGGUGAUUCGCCGGGGCGAUCUGGAUCGAACGUCCAAGAUCCGCUGCAGCACCAGAGACGGGUCGGCACAGUCCGGAGUCGACUACAACCCCAAGAGCCGGGUGCUCAAAUUCACACCGGGGAUGGACCACAUCCUGUUCAAGGUGGAGAUCCUGUCCAACGAGGACAGGGAAUGGCACGAAUCCUUCUCCUUGGUCCUCGGCCCGGACGAUCCCGUGGAGGCAGUGCUCGGAGAGAUCACCAUGGCAACGGUGACGAUUUUGGACCAGGAGGCUGCAGGGAGUCUCAUCCUCCCCGCCCCACCUAUCGCGGUCUCCCUGGCCGACUACGACCACGUCCAGGAGGUGACCAAAGAGGGCAGCAAGAAGAGCCCCUCCCCAGGCUACCCUCUGGUGUGCGUCACCCCCUGCGACCCCCACUACCCCAAGUACCCCGUGAUGAGGGAGCGCUGCGAGGAGGCGGGAAUCAACCAGACUCAGGUCCACUUCUCCUGGGAGGUGGCGGCGCCCACCGACACCAACGGCGCCCGCUCCCCAUUCGAGACCGUGACGGACACCACGCCCUACACCCGAGUCAACCACAUGGUGCUGGACAGCAUUUAUUUCAGCCGCCGCUUCCACGUGCGCUGCGUGGCCCAGGCCCGGGAUAAAUCCGGGCACCUCGGGACGCCACUGAGGAGCAACAUCGCUACCAUCGGCACAGAGGGCUCCAUCUGCCACACGCCCGUUACCACGGGAACCGCCAGAGGAUUCCAGGCUCAGUCUUUCAUCGCCACGCUGAAAUACCUGGACGUCAAGCACAAAGAGCAUCCCAACCGCAUCCAUAUAUCGGUGCAGAUCCCCCACCAGGACGGCAUGCUCCCCCUGGUGUCCACCAUGCCGCUGCACAACCUGCAUUUCCUGCUGUCGGAGUCCAUCUACAGGCAGCAGCACGUCUGCUCCAAUCUGGUCACCAUCAAGGAGCUGCAGGGCGUCUCGGAGGCGGGCUUCCUGGAUGACGUGUCCUACGACAGCAUCUCUCUGGGUCCGGGUUACGACCGACCGUACCAGUUCAACUCCGGCGUCCGCGAGGCCAAGAGCAUCCAGCUCUACAAGCACCUGAACCUCAAAAGCUGCAUCUGGACCUUCGACGCCUACUACGACAUGACGGAGCUCAUCGACGUCUGCGGGGGCUCCGUCACGGCUGACUUCCAGGUUCGGGACUCGGCUCAGUCCUUCCUGACCGUGCAGGUCCCUCUGUACGUGUCCUACAUCUACGUGACGGCACCGCGAGGCUGGGCGUCUCUGGAGCAUCACACCGAGAUGGAGUUCUCCUUCUUCUACGACACGGUGCUCUGGAGGACAGGUAUCCAGACGGACAGCGUCCUCUCAGCCAGGCUGCAGAUCAUCCGGAUCUUCAUCAGGGAGGACGGACGACUGGUGAUCGAGUUCAAAACCCACGCCAAGUUCAGAGGCCAGUUCGUCCCUGAGCACCACACUCUGCCCGGCCACAAGUCCCACCUGAUGGCCCCCGACCACCUGGGGGGCAUGGAGUUCGACAUGCAGCUGCUGUGGAGCGCUCAGAGCUUCGACUCCCCGUACCAGCUCUGGAGGGCAACCAGCUCCUACAGCAGGAAGGACUAUUCUGGGGAGUACACCGUCUUCUUGGUCCCCUGCACCGUGCAGCCCACUCAGCCGUGGAUCGACCCCGGUGACAAACAGCUGUCCUGCACAGCUCACGCUCCAGAGAAGUUUCUGGUGCCGAUCGCCUUCCAGCAGACCAACCGGCCCGUCCCUGUGGUCUACUCCCUCAACACGGAGUUUCAGCUGUGCAACAACGAAAAGGUUUUCAUGAUGGACCCGGCCGCCGCUGACGUGUCCAUGGCGGAGAUGGACUACAAGGGGGCGUUCUCCAUGGGCCAGACCUUGUAUGGCAGAGUGCUGUGGAACCCCGAGCAGAACCUGAACGCAGCCUACAAGCUCCAGCUGGAGAAGGUGUACCUGUGCACCGGCAGGGACGGCUAUGUUCCUUUCUUUGAUCCCACCGGGACGCUGUACAACGAGGGGCCCCAGUACGGCUGCAUCCAACCCAACAAAAACCUGAAACAUCGCUUCCUGCUGCUGGAUCGUAAGCAACCUGACGUAUGCGACAAGUUUUUCCACGAUGUUCCCUUUGAGGCCGAUUUCGCCUCAGAUAUCCCGGAGCUGCAGUCCAUGAUGGCCAUGCCGGGUGUCGAUGGCUUUACGAUGAAGGUCGACGCCCUCUAUAAGGUGGAGGCGGGGCACCAGUGGUACCUGCAGGUGAUUUACGUGAUCAGCCCGGAGUCGCGGUCCAGCCCCAGGAUUCAGCGCUCAGUCACCUACCAGCUGAGCCGGCCCAAACGCGACCUGGUGGACCGCAGCGGCCGGCUGACGCUGGACGAGUCGCUCAUCUACGACAACGAGGGCGAUCAGGUGAAGAACGGCACCAACAUGAAGUCGCUCCGCCUGGAGGUGGGCCCUUCUGCCACCUUCAACGCCCACGUGGGGAGCUCUGUCGGCGGGGGGGUGGCCGCCAUCUUGCUGCUGGUCCUGGUCCUGCUGGCCUUCUGCUUCCUGUUCCGCCGCUGCCGGCGCUCGGCCAGGAAGACGAAGAGCGGGAGCUCCCCGAAACCCUACGAGGAGUACCCGCUCAACACCAAGGUGGAGGUGUGCAUGGACAAGUGCGUGGAGAAGAACUUCAGCAGCAAGCACUGCACCGUGAGGAACGUCAACAACCACCGCAGCCAGGAGCCCGGCAGGAAGACCAAGGUGAAGCAGGUCAACCUGGAGGUGAAACUCCACAACAACUUCAACGACGGCACUGAGGUCUGAAGCACCGGCGAGGAAGAGGAGGAAGCAAGGAGGAACUGGGGGAAGUUAGAAUCACAACGACAACAAAUUAUUUUCAAGGAGUACGUUUUACGUAAUGGAACAAGAUAUUUGUUAUUGUAUUUUUAUACCAUUUUGAAAAAAGGGAAGGGAGUGAUGUGCAGGCAACUGGGCUACCUCAGAGAUCCACAAACCACUGGGCUGCGUCAAGCAGCCGAAACAUCCCAUCAUCCAAACUCCAUCCUCGUGAUACUUUUACUUGACAUUUAUGUACUUUCUGACACCAAAAUGGUGAACGGUAGCUCAGACACUGGUGAUUGUUUUAACUGCUGUAUCGAGUCAUUUCACUGCUUUAGCUGCCACCUCUGCGUGGCACGGUGGCCAGCGUACCACUCCUCCUUUUUCCAUAUUCACCUUUGAGAUUUCACUCACUUAUUCUGCUGGUUAAAUAAAAACUCCGACAACGUCUAUGUCGGGUACAGCUGCUUCUGACUACUGAAAAGUAUUAAGCACAAACAGUGCGCUGCUGUCGUCUGAGGCCGAGUGAGUGUAAAAAAAAAAAGAAAAGAAUUAUAACUUUCAAGUGCAAUUAAGCCACGUCUUUUGUUAUUCCUCCCUCCCCGAGCAGGAGCUGCUUUUGCUUUUAAAAGAUGUAUUUCAAGCCUUACUUAGAAACAUUUUAAGAAACAAAUCAUCUCUUGUUUCAACACAAAUUCAUUUUUUCCUUUAUUUUUUUUGUGCUGUAAUCUGCCAAUAUUAAGUGCCAUGCAGUAUUUUUUACUCACAAGUCAUCCAAAGUAUUUCAUUUUUUUUUUGUGUGUGUGUUUGUUAAUCGAAGAGUCUGGAUGUGUAAAAUCUUCAUGUAAUAGUAUGAAAAGAGACAGAGAGAAGGUUUCGAUCCCGUCCACCUGACCAACUUGCUUCAGCCUUACUACUGUUUGAAUGAAAACAAUCUAUUUUUAAAAUGAUCUGUUUUAUAGGUGCAUCUGCCUUUGUUCUGCCCAAAGACACUAAAUCGCUCCUCGUCUCAGAUCUCGCUCAAAUACUUCUGGUGCAUUUAUGUAUUAUUAUGUUACCCGUCCUUGCAAUGUAUUAUGUUACAGCUAAGCUACUGGUGUAUCCGUGAUUUAAAAUUAUUGUAACUUUUAAUCUUUUCUAAGUGUAUGACACUGGUUAGAGAGUACUGCAAAGAAAAAGAAUCGUUGUUCAGAUGAGAUGUGUGACAUACACCUCUCUCUGAUCCCACCUGCUGUUGUUCUUCAACUGUGUGCCUAUCAAACAACGAGAAAAUGGGGAAUUGUGGGAAAUUACAUUAUAUUUUUGGUGCUAUCAUUUUGUGGGGGGCAAAAAAAAAAUCAAUGCUAUCAGUAUGAUGCCUGUAUUUGGUGCCUUUUUUAGUAAUAAAAUAAAUCUGAAA